GCGGCUGGACACUCGCCGCGCCCGACCUGCCGGGCCCAGGAAUUGCUGUAACUGUAGAGAGAACCUAAAUUACGAUGGGGGACGACAGUGAGUGGAUGAAACUGCCCAUCGACCAGAAGUGUGAACACAAGCUGUGGAAAGCCAGAUUAAAUGGCUAUGAAGAAGCCCUUAAGCUCUUCCAGAAGAUAGAUGAUGAGAAGAGUCCUGAAUGGUCCAAAUACCUUGGAUUGAUAAAGAAAUUUGUGACGGACUCCAAUGCAGUGGCACAGUUGAAAGGACUGGAAGCAGCACUUGCUUAUGUUGAAAAUGCUCAUGUAGCUGGGAAGACAACAGGGGAAGUAGCUUCUGGAGUUGUAAAUAAAGUAUUCAAUCAGCCAAAAGCCAGAGCAAAGGAGCUGGGUGUAGAUAUCUGUCUUAUGUAUAUAGAAAUUGAGAAAGGGGAGGCAGUACAAGAAGAAUUACUAAAGGGUCUCGACAACAAAAACCCGAAAAUCAUAGUUGCUUGUAUAGAGACACUGAGGAAAGCACUAAGUGAAUUUGGUUCAAAAAUAAUCUCACUGAAGCCAAUCAUUAAGGUAUUGCCAAAACUGUUUGAGUCUCGGGAGAAGGCUGUUCGUGAUGAAGCCAAACUCCUUGCUGUGGAGAUCUACCGUUGGAUAAGGGAUGCUCUGAGACCUCCCCUGCAGAAUAUAAAUUCUGUUCAGCUAAAGGAACUGGAAGAAGAGUGGGUCAAAGUGUCAUCAGCUGCUCCUAAGCAGACCAGGUUCCUGCGUUCCCAACAGGAGCUGAAAGCAAAAUUUGAGCAGCAACAGGCAGCUGGAGGAGAUGGAGAUGGAGGAGAUGAUGAUGAGGAAGAAGCAGUACCACAAGUAGAUGCAUAUGAGUUGCUUGAAGCUGUAGAAAUUCUUUCAAAGCUUCCAAAGGACUUCUAUGAGAAAAUAGAAGCAAAAAAGUGGCAGGAAAGGAAAGAAGCUCUAGAGGCUGUAGAAUUGCUGGUGAAAAAUCCAAAGUUAGAAUCAGGAGACUAUGCAGACUUGGUGAAAGUUCUCAAAAAGGUUGUUGGAAAGGAUACAAAUGUUAUGCUGGUUGCUUUAGCUGCCAAAUGCCUUGCUGGACUGGCUUCUGGCCUCCGAAAGAAAUUUGGACAAUAUGCAGGACAUGUUGUUCCAACGAUCUUAGAGAAAUUUAAAGAGAAGAAACCUCAGGUAGUGCAAGCACUGCAGGAAGCCAUUGAUGCAAUCUUUCUUACUACCACAUUGCAGAACAUAAGUGAAGAUGUGUUGGCAGUGAUGGACAACAAAAAUCCAACAAUUAAGCAGCAGACAUCCCUUUUCAUUGCAAGAAGCUUUCGACACUGCACGCCUUCUACUCUGCCAAAAAGUCUGUUGAAACCUUUCUGUGCUGCACUUCUCAAGCAUAUCAAUGAUUCUGCUCCUGAAGUAAGAGAUGCUGGUUUUGAAGCAUUAGGCACUGCAUUGAAGGUUGCUGGAGAGAAAGCUGUGAAUCCUUUUCUAGCAGAUGUCGACAAACUAAAGCUUGAUCGGAUUAAAGAGUGUGCAGAGAAGGUAGAACUGGUUUAUGGUAAAAAGGCUGGAGCUGCUGAGAAGAAAGAAGGCAAGCCUGUUGCUGGAAAGACACCUGCGCUUUCAAGCACUGCUGGAGAUAAAGAAAUAAAAGAUGCAGCAGCCAAGCCAGGACCACAGAAAAAAGCACCUGCUGUGAAACCUGGGGGCCCACCUAAGAAAAGCAAACCAGCUGCAGCUGCAGGUACAGGAGGUGCUGGGGCUAAAGGCAAGAAGGGUCCUGAGACCAAAGAGAUAGUUGAAUCUGAGCUCUCGAUAGAAGUUUGUGAGGAGAAAGCUGCUGCUGUCCUUCCAGCUUCCUGUAUCCAGCAGCUGGACAGUGGUAACUGGAAAGAGAGACUUGCCUCCAUGGAAGAGUUUCAGAAGGCUGUUGAGCUUAUGGAGAGAAGUGAAAUGCCUUGCCAAGCUCUAGUAAGAAUGCUGGCCAAGAAACCUGGUUGGAAGGAAACAAACUUUCAGGUGAUGCAGAUGAAACUGCAUAUAGUUGCAUUGAUUGCACAGAAAGGAAACUUCUCCAAGACUUCAGCACAGGUUGUAUUGGAUGGCCUUGUAGACAAGGUUGGUGAUGUGAAAUGUGGGAGCAAUGCAAAAGAAGCCAUGACAGCAAUAGCUGAGGCAUGCCAACUGCCAUGGACUGCUGAGCAGGUUGUGGCUACGGCUUUCUCUCAAAAGAACCCUAAAAACCAGUCGGAAACUUUGAACUGGCUCUCAAAUGCAAUUAAAGAGUUUGGCUUUUCUGGAUUGAAUGUCAAAGCUUUCAUUAGUAAUGUGAGGACAGCUCUUGCUGCAACUAACCCAGCUGUAAGGACUUCUGCCAUUACCUUGCUGGGAGUUAUGUAUCUUUAUGUGGGACCAUCUUUACGAAUGUUUUUUGAGGAUGAAAAGCCAGCCCUUCUCUCUCAGAUUGAUGCAGAAUUUGAAAAGAUGCAAGGACAGACAGCACCAGCCCCAACUCGUGGCAUUUCCAGGCACAGUGGAGGAAGUGGGGAUGAUGGUGAGGAAGAGGAACAGGAAGAUGUUGGGAAUGAUGUUGUGGAUCUUCUGCCAAGAACAGAUAUUGGUGAUAAGAUCACAGCUGAGCUAGUGGCUAAGAUUGGGGACAAAAACUGGAAGAUCAGGAAAGAAGGUCUAGAUGAAGUGGCAAGCAUUAUUAAUGAAGCCAAGUUCAUACAGCCCAACAUAGGAGAACUUCCUGCUGCUUUGAAGAGUCGUCUCAAUGACUCCAAUAAAAUCUUGGUGCAACAAACACUAAGCAUUCUUCAGCAGCUGGCAACAGCAAUGGGCCCCAAUAUCAAACAGCAUGUGAAAAAUUUGGGCAUUCCUGUCAUUACGGUCCUUGGAGACAGUAAGAACAAUGUUCGUGCUGCUGCACUAGCAACUGUGAAUGCCUGGGCUGAACAAACUGGCAUGAAAGAGUGGCUGGAAGGAGAAGACCUAUCUGAGGAACUCAAAAAAGAAAAUCCUUUUCUAAGGCAGGAGCUUCUUGGCUGGUUGGCUGACAAGUUGCCUACCCUCCGCUCUGUUCCUUCUGACCUGCUCUUAUGUGUGCCUCACCUCUACUCCUGCCUUGAAGAUCGAAAUGGAGAUGUGCGUAAAAAGGCUCAGGAUGCCCUGCCAUUCUUUAUGAUGCAUCUUGGCUUUGAGAAGAUGGCAAAAGCCACCGGCAAGCUGAAGCCUACUUCCAAAGACCAGGUACUGGCCAUGCUUGAAAAAGCCAAAGCCAAUAUGCCAGCCAAACCAGCUCCACCUGCUAAAGCAUCCUCCAGAGCGGGAGGGGGAGCAGCUCCAGCCAAAUUCCAACCUGCAUCAGCUCUUACAGAAGAUUCAGGGUCAAAUACCAUGGAAUCUAAGCCUGAUCCCAAAAAAGCCAAAGUAGGAGGAACUUCCUCUAAAACUAAGGGCGUACAGGGGAAGAAAAUAUUGAACAAGCCUACUUUAAAGGAGGAUGAUGACAAAUCAGGUCCCAUUUUUAUCAUAGUCCCAAAUGGGAAAGAACAGAGAAUGAAAGAUGAAAAAGGACUGAAGGUGUUGAAGUGGAACUUCACUACUCCUCGCGAUGAAUACAUUGAACAGCUGAAAACUCAAAUGUCCAGUUGUGUCGCCAAAUGGUUACAGGAUGAGAUGUUUCAUGCAGACUUCCAGCACCACAACAAAGCACUGGCUGUUAUGAUUGAGCAUUUGGAGAAUGAGAAAGAUGGAGUCAUCAGCUGCCUGGAUCUAAUCCUGAAGUGGCUUACUCUACGGUUCUUUGAUACCAACACAAGUGUUCUUAUGAAAACGCUUGAAUACCUUAAAUUGCUGUUCAAUAUGCUGAGCCAAGAGGAGUAUCACCUUACGGAAAAUGAAGCAUCGUCUUUCAUCCCGUAUCUCAUCAUAAAGGUAGGAGAACCAAAAGAUGUCAUCCGCAAAGAUGUGCGUGCCAUCCUGAAUAGGAUGUGUCUCAUAUAUCCAGCCAGCAAAAUGUUUACUUUCAUCAUGGAGGGGACAAAAUCUAAAAACUCAAAACAGCGUGCAGAGUGCCUGGAAGAGCUUGGAUGUCUGGUUGAAUCUUAUGGCAUGAACGUAUGCCAGCCAACUCCAGGGAAAGCCUUGAAAGAAAUGGCAACUCAUAUUGGUGAUAGAGACAACACCGUUCGCAAUGCUGCACUGAACACCAUUGUAACUGUCUACAAUGUUCAUGGUGACCAAGUAUUCAAGCUGAUUGGAAAUCUGUCAGAGAAAGACAUGAGCAUGUUGGAGGAGAGAAUAAAACGGUCAGCCAAGAGACCAUCUGCUGCUCCAGUGAGACAGGCAGAGGAGAAACCUCAGCGUAUCCAAAACAUCAGUGCGAAUGCUAGCAUGCUGCGGAAGGGGCCAGCUGAGGAUAUGUCUUCCAAACUCAACCAAAAUCGCAAUAUGGGCAGUCACUCUGAGACAGCACAUACAGUUCCACGGGAAUUUCAGCUGGAUCUUGAUGAAAUUGAAAAUGAUAACGGUACUGUCAAAUGUGAGAUGCCAGCACUCGUACAGCACAAACUAGAUGACAUCUUUGAGCCAGUCCUGAUUCCUGAGCCCAAAAUCCGUGCUGUGUCGCCACACUUUGAUGACAUGCACAGUAGCAUUGCUUCUACCAUCAACUGUGUCAUUUCUCAAGUAGCCAGUGGUGAUAUAAAUACAAGCAUUCAGGCUCUAGCACAGAUUGAUGAAGUUUUCAGACAGGAAGACAAAGCGGAAGUUAUGUCUAGCCACAUUGACCAAUUUCUAAUAGCUACACUUAUGCAGCUUCGGUUAAUCUACAAUACACACAUGGCAGAUGAGAAGCUAGACAAAGAUGAGAUAGCGAAGCUUUACAGCUGUAUUAUUGGGAGCAUGAUAUCGCUGUUCCAGGUAGAGAGUCUGGCUCGAGAAGCCUCUGCUGGUGUGCUAAAGGACCUAAUGCAUGGUCUUAUUACAUUAAUGCUGGAUUCUCGAGUUGAAGACCUCGAGGAGGGUGAGCAGGUCAUCCGAUCAGUCAAUCUCUUGGUAUUGAGGGUUCUUGAAAAGUCUGACCAGACCAACAUUUUGAGUGCUCUGCUUCUUUUACUUCAAGACAGUCUGCUAGCAACAGCCAACUCUCCUAAGUUUUCAGAACUUGUCAUGAAGUGUCUGUGGAGAAUGGUGCGUCUUCUGCCAGAAACCAUCAACAGCAUCAAUCUGGAUCGGAUUCUACUGGAUAUCCACAUUUUUAUGAAGGUCUUUCCCAAAGAGAAGCUGAAGCAGUGUAAGAGUGAGUUUCCUAUAAGGACACUGAAGACUCUGCUUCACACCCUGUGCAAGCUGAAAGGGCCCAAGAUCUUAGAUCACCUCACGAUGAUAGAAAACAAAAACGAAUCUGAGCUGGAGGCUCACCUGUGUAGAGUAAUGAAGCACUCCAUGGACCAGACUGGAAGCAAAGCUGAUAAAGAUACAGAAAAGGGGGCUUCUCGCAUAGAAGAAAAAGCUUCAAAAGCCAAAGUGAAUGAUAUUUUGGCAGAAAUAUUCAAGAAGAUUGGCUCCAAGGAGAACACCAAGGAGGGUUUGGCAGAGCUGUAUGAAUACAAAAAGAAAUAUUCUGAUGCAGAUAUUGAGCCCUUCCUGAAAAACUCAUCUCAGUUCUUCCAGAGCUACGUGGAAAGAGGCCUCCGGCUCAUAGAAACGGAAAGGGAGGGAAAAGGACGCAUUGCUUCUUCUACAGGAAUUUCUCCUCAGGUGGAAGAAACGUGUGUUCCUGUUUCUACCCACACUGUAUCUUCAUCUAUAGGAAACACAAAUGGGGAGGAAGUGGGGCCUUCAGUUUACUUGGAACGAUUAAAAAUCCUCAGGCAACGUUGUGGCCUUGACAAUGCAAAGCAGGAAGACAGAGCACCUCUGACAUCUCUGCUCUCUAAACCAGCAGUCCCUACAGUUGCCUCCUCUACUGAUAUGCUUCAUAGUAAGCUCUCCCAGCUCCGUGAGUCACGAGAACAGUACCAACAUCUGGAUCUGGACUCCAAUCAGACUCAUUCUUCUGGCAUUGGAACUACCACAGCUUCAUCCUCUUCUGCAGCAGCUAAUAUUGAUGACUUGAAAAAAAGAUUGGAGAGAAUAAAAAGCAGUCGCAAAUAGAGAGGCAGCAUCACGGUUGCUCUCUUCAGCUUUAGUUUACUAAACUAGAAGUCUUCAUAGUUAAAUGGCCUCGUUUAGGCCUGAUGUAUACAAACUGGUUUAUGUAUAAUACAGUGGAUUUUGGAGGGACUGGGUCAUUGUGGCACAAGUAUUUGUACAUAAUCUGCUUCGCAGUGAGCAUCUCUUGACAAUAGAAGGCUGUCUGUGUAUUAGUUUUAGUGUACAGACCUGUAAACAACCAUCCUCUUGCUCAGACUAGUUUCUCAUAACUUGUUUUUUUAUUUGUAAUGUCUUUAAGAUCUUUUUUCCUAGUUCUUAACUCUUAGAAAGUCUUUAGUGAUUUCACUUUUAAUUUUGUGAAUUCUUCUCCAUGUAAUCCUUGAACUGUUGAUUCUAUAUGGACACAUGGCAUGAAGUAACUAAUUUAAGUGUCUUUUGUAAAUAAAGUUUGCAUUAACUAUACCAGUCUUUAUAGGAACAGCAGUGACUGCUGGUGAGAGAAGUUGCUGUCUAUUCCUGAAUGUUAGUGACUGGGCAUCUAGAAAUUGAACUAAGCUAUUCUUGAAAUGAACCUAAAGCUUGGAUAUUUUAUAGGGAAGAUGAGUGAAUAUAUUAUCUCUGGGUUGCAAUCCUGAGACUUUGCACUCUUCUAUAAGCAGUAGUGUAUUUUUUUUCCAUGUACUUGCUGUUUUUUGUUUUGGACUAUGGUUUCCGUAAGUUGCAAGUAAGUCGAGAAUAUUUUGUUUGCUGACAUGCUUAUUUUAAAUUACUAAUCCUUGUAUUGCCUCUACCUGGAUGAAGCAUAGUCCCUUCUGUGUAUAAAUGCUUUCUCUUUGAGGGAGUGUGCUGCUGUUGAUAAGAAAUAGAUUAGCAGUGAUGUACAGUCAGUGGCCUCAUUUAUCCUGAACUCAUUUGAUUAAGCGGUCUUCCUGAUGGAGUUUUCAAAUGCAAGUAGACCACAGCACCAUAUUCAGUUGCACUUAAACAUCUAAUGUUAGCAAACCCUCCUGUGUCGUAUGAGUAGAAAACACCUACUAGUGCUAGUCUUCAGAAGCUGUAGUCAACUGCUUUUUGAGUGAGGAGCGUAUUCUGAGUAGCCUUCUUCAGAAGCAGCAAGUAUGAAAGCUUAAAGACCUACACUGUGUAGCCUUCCUAGCCCUUUCAUCUCUCAGGAGGUGAAGUUUUCACUUUGCUCCUUCACUGCCUGUGUGAGCUGGUUGUGAAGCAUAAAUUGCACAUCUGCUCCAGAGCUAGAACAGAGCUAUUGAAGAGUUGGACAGGCAGGCUUAAAGCAGAGUUUGUUACUCUGGGUUCUAAUCUUGGCUCCAUGCAGCUGCUGCUUUUGUUGUUUGCUCUGGGGACCGCGGGAGUCCCAGCAUUUGGGCUGUAGCUGAAUCGAUCUUGCCCGAUUACAGUGAAAACUUGGUUUUAAAUCAGUACGUGUACAACAGGUCUAUGCCAGAGCUGCUGCAGAUGGCUGCAAUUUUCCUUUUACAAGACCCCUGGCUGGGGUUACAGUGGAUUUGUAAUACUGCUUGGUGCUUGUGGUGAGUUGAUGCACUGUGAUAGCAGGUGACUUGUGAGCAGUCUUCAUCCUGUGUUAACUAACAAGAUGCCCUUCAUUGCUUCACACUGCUUUGAUUCAGUAGUUGCGGUCUCCUGUGCUGACCCGAAGCGGUCAUGCCCUCUUAUUAAACAGGCCUAAAUGGCAAGAGGAAGUUUUGGCCGUUGUUGAUAAGUGCAGAAGUUUUGUGCACUUUGGGCUGUUGGCAAAUAGUUGUUUGGAUGUCAUUGGAGUUACUGCCACUACCUCUCAGUUACCAGCUGCUUUUUUGAAACAAUUACUAACAUAUAAACGAAUCCAUAUUUUUAUUUACUGUACCAUGUCUAAUAGACAUUCUGAAGAGCUGUUUGUUAAUUAGUUCAGGAUGUUAAAGCGGCAGUGCCUGCAAACUUGCAUACUACUAUUUUAAACAACUAUUUUAGACUUAAAACUGAUUUGGAAGUGAAGUACAGGAAUAAUGAGUAGAAGAAGAUAUAGUUGUUUACUAUGAAUGAGUUUUUUGCCCUGUGUCUUUGUAGUGUUUGGUUGGACUCAAUAUCCUGGGAGUUCUAAGCUAAAACUUGUGCACAUAAAUUAAUAAAGCCUAAUCUUUAGCCCAGAAAAUAUUUAAAUAAUAUUAAACUGAAUUUUAAAAAUGA